UUUACAUGUAACGGACAUGAAAUAAAAACUGAGUCCUCCGUGCAGUGCGGUUUUUCCAGCCCCCUUCCUUUCACCACCUGGAAUAUUGUGUGCAGCAGUAUGCAGGCAGCGGGCACCGGAGCAGCUGAUACCGACGCUACUGUAAACAGUAGCAGCAGCAGCAGCAGCAGCAGCACCGCAGACGUCGACGACAGCGACGGGGCAGGGGAGAGGAUGGAGAGGACGGUGCCAAGCGAGCAGCAGGACAGGACCAACAACCAGCAGCAGCAGCAGCGGACGUCCUUAUCGCCAUCCGGUGUGCUCGAUAAAUUGUUCGGGAAGCGCCUUCUGCAGGCCAGACACUACAUUAUGUCUCGUAAAUCCUGGCUGAAGAUGGUGCCCACAGAAAACUGUGAUAUCCUGAUGACAUUCCCAGAUACAAUAGAUGACCACACUCUGCUGUGGCUCCUGAAUCAGAUUCGUGUUGGAAUCCCACAAGUCAGCAUUCAGGUCCGACAGCACAAACACACCCAGGCGCACGCCUUCUUCAUCACGACAACAUUUGAGAACUUACUGCGGGGAGCAGAACAGAUGGGCAUGCACAAGGCCGUCAAACCACAGUUUGGUGGCGGGAUGCGGCGAUUUUCCUGUGAGGAGGACAACAUCUAUGAGAAUAUAGAGAGCGAGCUCUGUUUCUUUACCUCACAGGAGCGUCAGGGCAUUAUAAAGUACUGGCUGGACAAUCUGCGAGCCAAACAGGGGGAGGUGCUCCACAACAUUCACUUCCUGGAGGGACAGCCAAUCAUUCCAGAGCUGCAGGCUCGAGGGGUGAUCCAUCAAAUGUUUCCUCUCCAUGAGCAGAGGAUCCUCAACCAGCUGAUGACAUCCUGGGUGCAGGCUGUGUGUGAAAGGCAGCCCCUGGAUGAUAUCUGUGACUACUUUGGGGUGAAGAUCGGUAUGUAUUUCGCCUGGCUGGGUUUCUACACCAACUCCAUGCUUUACCCUGCUGUCAUUGGCUUCCUGCUCUGGAUCCUGGCAGAGGCUGACCAGACCAGUCAGGAUAUCUGCUGCGUGGUUUUCGCCCUCUUCAACGUUGUGUGGGCGACGUUGUUUCUGGAGCGCUGGAAGAGGCGCGAGGCGGAGCUGGCCUACAGGUGGGGCACCUUGGACACCCCCGCUGAGUCCUUGGAGGAGCCCAGGCCGCAGUUCAGGGGAGUAAAGCGCUGCAGUCCCAUAACAGGCUGCGAGGAGUUCUACUACCCGCCCUGGAAGAGAGCUGUGUUCAGAUGGCUGGUCAGCCUGCCCAUCUGCCUCCUCUGUCUCUGCUUUGUCUUCCUCGCUAUGCUCCUCUGCCUGGAACUGCAGGAAGUGGUGAUGGAGAUUCAGGAGCUACCUGGUAUCACAAGAUUUAUUCCUAAGAUUCUUCUGGCCGUCACUGUGACCAUAUGUGAUGAGGUGUAUAAGAAGAUCGCCUACUGGCUUAAUGACAUGGAGAACUACAGACUUCAGAGUGCCUAUGAGAAUAAUCUCAUCAUCAAGAUGGUUUUUUUUGAAUUCAUCAAUUCUUACCUUAGCCUUUUCUACAUUGGAUUCUACCUCAAGGACAUGGAGCGACUUAAGGAGAUGCUAGCCACUCUAUUGAUCUUCCGGCAGUUCCUACAGAACAUCAAAGAGGUCCUCCAGCCUUAUCUCUACGAGCAAAACAAGCUGGGCGUCUUCACCCCGAAGGUGCUGUGGGAGCUCCUCCAAACCAUCGUACUCAAAUACGGCCGCUUGGCUCUGGGGAAGGCCCAAGCCUCGAUGACGGCUUAUUCCUUCCUGGGUCCCAGAGCGAUCCCCGUCAGUCACGCUGCUAACGGUAACCCGGAGCAGAAGAGAAGAGGGGAUCUGAAGGCUGGAUUCAGGCUGUCAGAAGAAGAGUGGGACAUGAGUGACAGCAAUCUGAAGCAACGUAAAGUUAGCUUCACGGAGAAGGUCGACUACCAGGAUGUCACCACGGUGCAGGCGGUGGAUCGCAGCUUCCUCGAGGACAGCCCCACUCUGGUAGAGGAAGGGAUGGAUCCGUCCAGUAUUUUUGACAGUUGUGAUGACGACAGUGAUUGUGAAUCGCUGGGUCAAGAAUCAGACUCUCUCUAUCAGAGAAGAAAGAACAUCAGUGACGGGAAGGAGCAUAAGAAGUCGUGGAUCGACCCACCAGAAGAACCCCAAACUGUCACUCUGACGCAGGCAGAAAUUGAGAGCUGUAUGCAGACAUACGAGGACACGCUUCAGGACUACCAGGAGAUGUUCAUCCAGUUUGGCUACGUGGUGCUUUUCUCCUCUGCGUUUCCCCUGGCUGCCAUGUGUGCUCUUAUCAACAACAUCAUCGAGAUCCGCAGCGACGCCCUGAAGCUGUGCACCGGCCUGCAGAGACCCUUCGGACAGAGGGUGGAGAACAUCGGACAGUGGCAGACUGUAAUGGAAGCCAUGGGCCUGAUAGCCAUUAUAGUUAACUGUUACCUGAUUGGUCAGUGCGGGCAGCUGCAGCGUCUGUUCCCCUGGUUGAGUCCUGAGAUGACCAUCAUCUCCAUCGUCUUACUGGAGCACUUUGCAAUCCUCCUAAAGUACAUCAUCCAUGUUGCCAUCCCUGAUAUCCCUGGCUGGGUAGCAGAAGAGAUGGCCAAGCUAGAGUACCGACGAAGGGAAGCUUUCAAGAAGCACGAGCAACAGGCCCAGCAGCACUUCCAACAGCAGCUCAGACGAAAGCGUGAAGAGGAGGAGCUUCAGCGUCAGGCCGAGCUGCAGGCCGAGGCCCGCCAGGAGAGCGAGCACAGGGCGGACAGCCAGCACCAGCACCACCACGACAAAGCAUCGGGCGGCAAGGCCGGGGACAAACCCAAGAGACCCAGCUCUCUGCUGGGCAACAACAACGUCAUGAAGCUGAAGCAGAUCAUCCCUCUCCAGGGUAAGUUCUCCUCUAGCACCUCACGCUCACCAGCCCAGUCCCCGACAGGAGGCGAGGCUAAGCUCCCGGGAUUCCUCAAGUUCUUGAAGUCGCCCGAGGUGAAAAAAGAGCCAGCGGUGGCAGCUGGGGCACCGGGCUCCACCACAAGCUCUUCAGUUCCCCCUAGUGGCCAGGAGAGGUCACAGUCCCCCAACAGGACAUUCAGUCCUGGGAAACUGUUCAGCUUCAGCAAAUCAGAGGGGACUGUGGUGUGUGUGAACGGGACACAAGCAUCGCCACAGUCUGCUAACGCUCAGCCCAACAGGAGUGACUUAAACACAACCACGGAGGAACUCCCCUCUAAUGAGUCCGAUAGAGGGGAAUCAAGACAGUUGACUGAUUCAGAAAACUCAAAGAGCUAAUAAAUAUUUAACCAUGCCAAUGUAAUAUUAUGAAUGGAGAGCAAUGUACAAACGUUACAAACGAGAGACACACCUGUACCGUAGGAGAACACAUUAGACCACAUGUAAGGUCAGCGAGCGGUAGACUUUCACUAUUGAUGCAACUUACUCUGCACAAAGUAUUACACUGUAUCUAUUAACACUUUAUUAUCUAGCUUCCAUGUAUAAUAUGUACAGUAAGUGUUACUCCUUGAAUGGGGCUUGGCUGCAUGGCUGCCUGGUUUUCAGCAGCACCAGAACACAUUAUGUCAGUGUGAAGAUUUUUUAUUUUUUUUAUUUUACAAAACCUACACCAACCAUGAAUGAGCCAUUUUUAUCAAAGGACAUGAACAGCAGCUUUGCAUUGCAGGUUUGUUUCUCACCCUGAUGGCUGAACUGAAUGCAUGUUGCAUCAUGUGCAUGCAUGUCAUGUCCAUCAUGUUUUUAGUUGUGAAGCACUUUCAAAGCCAUCGUAUUCUUCCGCAAUAGGUCAGAUUAUACUCACUGUGACCAUAAAAAAAAUAUUCUAUUUUUCUUAACUUUGAUUUUCUAUGAAUUAUUUUACUACAUAAAUUAGUGAAUGUACUUCUAUGAUGCAAAUAAAUCUCACUUGAA